AUGGCGGAGCGUAAAAAAAGAAAGUUUGAGGGAGAGGAAGCGAACGACAUAGCAAUUAUGAUGAAAGACAUGUUUAGUAAACUCUCUAAAGAGCAGAAUCAACGUUUCCAUGACUUGCAAUCUUGUAUAAACAACUUGAGUGAAGAAAAUUCCGAAUUAGUCAAAAGUAUCGAACUCAUGAAUCAUAAAUAUGACGAAUUUUUGUCGCGGAUUACUCGUCUCGAAUCGGAAAGAAAAACUGAUAAAGUCAUCAUAUCUCAACUGGAAGACAGAAUCGAGACUAUGGAGCGUAAAGCACGAGCCUCGGGCAUAGAGAUCAGAAACAUUCCGAAAACAUCUGGAGAAACCAAAAAUGAGCUCUGCGCUAUAGUAAAGAGUCUAGGGAAAACCCUGAAUGUCGACAUCCAUGAUCAUGAUAUAAGAGAUAUUUAUAGGAUUAAAUCCAAAGACUCUACUAACCCAAUUAUCACUGAGUUCUCAUCUGUCCUGAAAAAGGAGAAAAUCCUCAAAGCGUCCAAGGACUUCAAUAAAAACAAGAGUAAAGGAGAUAAAUUGAAUACUAGCCAUUUUCAAAUAAAAACUCCGGUGAAACCAGUCUUCUUGUCUGAAACUCUUACCUACAAAGCGCAGAGAUUGUUCUAUCUGGCGAGAGAUCUACAGAGAAACUACAACUUUGCCUUCUGCUGGACAUCUCACGGCGUUGUGUACCUGAGACGAGACGAAAACAGCCCGCAAAUUCGGGUCACUAACGAAACCGAUCUUGAAGGCCUGCGUAAAGAAUGA